GUAACUACGAGGCGAAAAAAACACAGCGGUGUCUUGAUGGCUAUGGCUUAGAUGAGGCUAGUAGGAUUGCAUCUCUCCCUUGAAUACAUGCAGUUGACGUCAAUAACCCUCAUCGAAUAUUCAAAAGAGGGUGACAAUAAUAAUAAUAUCCACCAAUCCAAAUAAAGGAUAGGCGGGAGAUAGACAGCCCACUGAGCAACUUUGUGGACAACGACUCAUUGUUAGGGCGGAGAGACAUGCAUCUUGUCAGUAUUUCCAUAAUCUUUGCUGUAAUGAACCAAAUGUUGGCAUAGUCAUCAACAGAAGACCAAAAAAAAGUUGCAUGCUGGGAAGAUGGCCGACACCAGUGCGGCUAGUGAAGAAUGAGAGGACGGGGAACCGAAUACAGUUCUUGCGGCAAAUGCCAUCAAUCGUUUUAAAAACGAUUUCCGGUGUAGUUGCGUUCGAGUUACCAGGGCAAACAAUACUUAUGUCAGUGUGAAUAAGUUAAACGCAUUGUCAAUAACACCAACCCAUGUCCGCUCCUGGAUAGAGAGGACAGAGCGAGUCGAAUUGAAACCGAGCCUACUAAACGUUAGCUAGGUCAGACAGUUUGCAACAACAAAAAAAAACGGUGUCAUUGCAUGGACGUCCCAUGAACUACAGUAUUAUUCCACCAUUUAACUAGCUAAUUAAUUUGAGUAAAUGAGUUAAAUUGGUCAAGCGAUAUAGUGAAGGUUUUUUUUAUUUUACGGGCUGGUUGUCACUCGUAUGUUUCGCUAACUUCUUGGGAGUGUUCACCGUCAGAUGACACUCAUUGCUCCCAGUUAGAUACAAUACUGGCUACUCACGGCACCACCCAUCUGGAUACUCCUCUUGCGUUGACAAACAUGUGUAGUCUGCAGUGCCUCAGCGGUGUACUAGCCUGUGUAGUAUGCUGUGGCUGUCCUUCAGUCCAGGCCUCCUGAGCUGCGAAAGCAUAAUCCCUUCGCCCCUCUGCCACCGACACGCCAGCCGCCUUAGCGUCCUCGCUCUCGCCCUCGCCGGCAUGUACACUACCCGGCUGUACAGCGCAGUAGGUGGUGGUGGUGGAGGAGGAAAGCCUGGACGCCGGCCGGGCCUGGGGGGUGGAGGGCUGCCCAUGCUGGAGAACCACCCCCACCACCACCCUCUCCCACCACACCAACAUCCCCACCACGUGCCCCCUCCACCUCCCAGCUACCCGCCGGUCUACCAGGGGCGCCCUGACCCUCACCGGGGGCCCCACUUCCACAGUCACCACCACCAUCAGCAGCACUACCACCCGCACCUGGCCCCUCCUCCGCCUCCACCCCUCCCCCCGCACCCCCACUACCAGACGCACGCCCACUUGCACCACCACGGCACUGUUGGUGCCGCCAGCAACAACAAGAAGAAGACGUGGAACUUCAUCCAUGAGAAGAUGAGCUACGACACCUUCUUCACCAUGAAGAGGCUGAUCGAACGCUCGCGGAGAGCGGACGAGGUGCUGCGCUGGGUGACGCAGAACCCAGGCAAGAUUUCACACAACCAUUACCCCAUCGCCCUACAGAAGAUCGGCCAGCUACUACAGGCCGCCGGGGCUGGGGUUGGAGGAGGAGGGGGCGGCGGAGGUGGCUCAGAGGCAGCCCUGGUUCCCUCUCCCGGAGUCGGUGGAGGAGAAAGAGUGGAGAAUGAAGGUCGACAGAUCCUGGAGCACCAGGACUUCCAGACGCUGUGCGACUCUAUUGUGAGGGACUGUGCCAAGUUUGACAACUUCAGCAUCGUCAACUGCCUGUACGCUGUGGCUGCACUAGGCCUUCCCAGCGACUCGCGGGUGGUGCAGGUGCUGGAGGCUGAGUCCCAAUCACGACUGGGCCAGUUUAACCAGAAGGACGUGUCCAUGGUGUUCAGCUCCAGCAUGAAGCUGCACCCCAGCAGCCAGCACCCGCUCACCGAGGCCUGCCUGGCGGGCUUGGAGAAGAACCUGGAGCGGGAGCGUCACCCGCAGACCCUCUUCCUGCUGCUCUCCUACUACCGCCUCAAGUGGCGCUCGCUGCAAUCCAGCGACGCCGCAACGGCCGAGAUCGUGGCCAAUGUACCACCCAACCCGGAACAGCUCCUGGCCAACAGGAAGAUCCUCCGACUGGUCAAACACACACUGGCUAGCGUAAGUGGCGUGCGCGACCAGGAGAUGGCGCUGCUGGACGAGAUGCUGGCUACAUGCGUACGUGAGGCUAGUAACAAGAGCCUGGAGAUCAUCUUCAGCUCACACCUAUUCUACCAGAACAGGCAGGAGAGGUUUGUGUGCAGCCUGGCUGAGGAGCUGCCUAAAAAAGUGGACAGUAUAACCCCAUACACCAUGGCCCUCAUUGCCAAAUACAUCGCCCGCCACCGGCUCAGAGAGACUCGACUCCUCGACACCAUCGCUGAUUUCCUGGUCAAGAAGGGAGAAUACCUGGAUAGCAAAGUAAUCCAAAAGCUUGUGUUCCCCUUCAGCCGGAUGAGCUACCGGCCGUCCAACGAGGUCCAGUUCUUCUCCAAGCUGGAAGUGGUGCUGGAGCUAAAGGCCCUGAGCUCCCCGCUAGCCACAGUCAACAUCCUCAUGUCCCUGUUCCAGCUGGGACACUUCCCUGGCCUGGUGCUGCACAAGGUCUUCUCCACCGCCUUCAUCAGCAACGUCACCAACAGUCCUUACGCUCUGAUCGUGCGUCGCUACCUGUCUCUGUUGGACGCGGCGGUGGAGCUGGAAUACAGGGACUACACCGGUCCACGGCUCCAGGACGCGCACAAGGUGCUCAUGUUUGACCACGCGCUGACCGCUGACGAGGUCAACCGCAAAUACAGCUACAAGGGUCUUGUUGCUGAAGCCCUCAGACAGUUGGUUGGAGAGCAUGGCUACAAACAAGAUGAGGUUCUGGCCCCUGGGUAUUACACAGACUUCCUGCUGUGGAUCGAUGGUUCUGGCCAGGUUCUCCCUAUCCAGGCAGGGGCCUCCCUAGGUGUUGCCCACAAAGCCCCAGAGGGAUCCGUGGCUGUGACAGCCCUCACCUCAGACUUUCAAAAGUUCUCCCCCUUCGCCCCACUAGAGGAAGGGGGGGGACCAGCGACCCGUCGGAGGGGAGAGUCGGUGACCCUGCUGCCACACCACAUGCAGCGUGGGGCAAACCCUGCCUCGGCCCAGAGGGCAGCCCCUAACGGCGGGGGCCCACUUGACUACAACACUUACUACACGCCUGCUGACUACUACUCCAGCCUGGCCAAAGAGCACUCUCUGGAGAGCCAGGACAGCUCCACACUCAGCAGCCCUCCUUCUGACAGCCUAGCUCAGCCAAUGGCCUCCGGGGUAGGGGGAUCCACCACAGCUGCCCCUGUUUCUCUUUUCCAGUUCUCUAUUGGGAAGAUCCUGGAGGACGAGGGAGGGGUGCAGGUGGGGCCAGGUAAUCAUGGGCCCGACUGCGAGCUCCCUGUCUUCUAUGAGGGGUUGGCCGGGGACGUGGGGCCCACCUCGUCACUUCAGCUGCACCCGGCUGAUCGAACCGACACAGAGAGGGCAGUGGGGGACCAGCGGCAAGUUAAGAGAGUGGUCAUGUCGGUGAAUGACAAGUGGCACUACUGUCACAACUCUGAGGUGCUGGUGGGCUCCCGAGCCAUGAGGGACCGUCAUCUGUUGCUCCUGGGAUACGUCAUCCUGCAGCUGCCCUAUCACGAGCUGGAGAAGCUGAAUGGCAUAGAGGAGGUGAAGCAGUACCUCCACAAAAAGCUCCUGGAGGUCCCCUUAUGACAACAAAAGACUUGAGUGUGUGUGUGUGUGUGCGUGCGUAAGCCAUUGCGACUGCUUGGGAUAGGACAUGGGGUUGUUGGUGGGAUUGGGAAAAGGGGGUGGUUUGGGGUAGAGAACAAACCCUGGUCAAAGUCUAAAACUAGAGGGGGUUUUUCUGUGUGCAAUUUUGCUCUUGCAUUCAUCAAAAUGGCGCCAGGCUAUUUGCAACGAGCCAUAUAGCCAGUUGAUGAGAUGUCUAGUAUCAUGUUGCCACGCUUGGUAUCUCGUUAUUGUCACUUCACAACCGUUCUUGACCAUCUUGCCUACGGACUGUUCCUAGUGUAUCACAGUAGCAUGACAAAACCGUUUUUUUUUUUUCUAUAGAUGUAGUUUUAAUCAUGGUUUUGUGUGGGGGAAUAAGAUGUUUGUUCUAAUUAUUAUAGUCAUACAGAGAUGAUAAUGUUCUGGUGGUGUUUUGGGGGGUAAUUUUCUGUUUAACUUCAGUUGUAACGCAUGACUACAGGACAAACAAACGGGGCUUCUUCAGUGUUUUAUAAUACUGGUGCACCGUAUGUAGACUAAUGGACUGUAGGAUGAAAAUGUAUAAAUCUAGUUAACGUGUUUUUAUAUAUUUUUGUGAAUGCUGGAACGGCUUUUCCGGUGUCCAGAACAAAGCAACACGCCGUGGAAGUCCAACAUCAACCUUGUCUCCGUUUUUGUCUUUGGCACUUGACUUGUGACAUUUUAAUGAAUGACUGUAUUCAGAGAGAAAUUUGUGAUUCCUCCAGUGAGUUUCCACCAUUGCAUUGACAAUGAAACAAGUUUUCCAGGAGGGAAUUGCUAGAUACCUGGGACCUCAUUUAUCUCACUUAAUUCUGGGGUACGUGGAGAUAAAAACACAUGCAUGUGACAGUUUAUUGAUAAACUAGAGCCAUACUAUAUCUGUGUGCUCGUGCAACCCCGCUUGGAAAACGCCCUCUAUUCACAGUAACAAAAACUGUAUGAUUUGGAGAUGUAGGAACUGGGCCAUGAUAGUUCCUGAAAGAAAAGUGCAGUGGCAAGUUGCAUCACAUUUCUGUAGAGAUGUAGACAGAAUGAAAAAGUCACUGCAAGAGAUGAACACAAAUUUAAAAGGCCGUGGCUGUGCAUUAUGCACCAUUGUCUAUUUGAGCAAUUUUAAAAGUAAAUGUUUCAGCCCACACUUUUACGCAGAAGAUGAAUCGUUCUUUUAUAUCUUCUGCCAUGCUGGCUCUGAGAUUUAAUAGGCUAUGAUGUCGUGCUCCUACAGCAUAGCAUUACUAUAGCCUACCCAUACUGUCAGAUAUUUUAAGUAGGCUACCGGUCUAUUUACUUUUGAAUGAGCGAUGGAUAAAUGGUAUCCUGAUUAGUUGUGCAGCAGGAAUAAACCAGUCAAGUCAGAAAAGGAGAGAUGUCCUGCAAUAUGCGAUUUAGGCCUAUGUAAUAACAUAUUAGGCUAUAUGCUUCUCUGAGAUCUCCUUACUAAAUGCAUCUGUGUUAUCAUUAGGACCACGUUUUGUUUUUAAUAUACCAUCACUAUAAUUCCUGUGCAUCAAAACCACCUCCAUUUCCCCAUAAGAACAAUAUGUGUGCAAUACAGUUGAUCAACCACCAGACUUACACAUGGUCUGAGCUGUACUUGGACAUAUACAUUUGAAUUUGCGGGAAAGUGGCACAUGCAUCUUGUUUUUGAUAAAUGAGGCCCCAGGUUAGUUUAAAUUAGAGAAUUUUUAUUGGAAGGUCCCAGAGUAUUGCUAUGAAAAAGACAGUGGAUAGUCUCUCUGAAAACCUUCUGUUGGUCCUAUCGGUGGUAUUUGAAAUCGUACCCUGACCUCAUUUCCAUUUGAACGAGGUGAUUGUGUCAUGCAGUGAAACAUUUCACAAUGCCACAUUUUUAUUUCUAAGCGAUACAAAUGACCCCAAACACUUGAACUGUGUAAGGUAAAGCAGAAAUGGCUUAUGUGACGUAAAUCCACCCCAGUAUUACUGGGUGCUCUGUCUCUAGAGCCGUUCAGAUAGAGAGAAGGGUAACUGAGCCACCUGUGUGUAAUAUAUUAAUGAAUGCAUUAUCAAUUGUAAGGAUCCAUAGGCUGUGACAGGUUGUAUAAAUGCAUUAUGCACAGGUGGUUGAGUUAGUAUUUAUUUAUUGGUAUAAUGCCGCUGGUACAGAGGAUGUGAGUGUGUGUUUGGGGAAAGAAGGACGGAAAAAUAUUUUAUUGAAAUGUCUAUGGAAAAAUAUUAAAAGAAUGAAAAAGCAA